AUGCCGUGGGACAUGAGCAAGAAGUAUUGGCCGGAGGUGGUGGGCUGGCCGGCGACGCAGGCCGUCAUGAAGAUCAACGCCGACAGACCCGACGUGGCGAUCGAGGUGAUCCCCAGUGGCACCACCGUCGCCCCGGGGUACAAUGCCGAGCGCGUCCGCGUCUUCUUUGACGUCGGCAUCGCCAGCGGCAUCGUCGUGUCCACGCCUGCCGUCGGCUAA